AUGUCGCCACUGUUGAAGGACUUUCUCAACAAGCGGGUCGUGGUCGUGACGACUGACGGGCAAUGUUUCACCGCUUUGCUCGAGGGCUUUGACAAAAACACCAACCUGCUGCUUUCCGACGUGCGCGAGCGUUUCAGCCACGCCCUCGUGGCCUCGUCCUACCUCAUGCGCGGAACCCAGGUCGUGUGUUGUGGGCUGUUGUCCACGCAGGACAAUCCUGGCAGCACGCUGCCCUCUGCACCAGCCUCCGCACCGGCCUCCGUCCAAGCACCCACCACCGCUCUCAAGGACACCAAAAACAGAAUCCCCAACGAGCAUCAGAUCUGGGAAAAAGUGUGGGCAGCCAAGACCGCCAAAUAG